AUGAACGAUCUGAAGUGCGAUGUCAUGGUCAACUGGCUUUACCAGCAGCAGAUGGAACGCCUUUGGACUUCAGGCGGCAUCGACGAGGGAGUGGUUUUGAAGAAGUCGAAAGCUGCUUACACUUGCUGUCCGGCUGAUAUCACGGAAGAGUCAAAUGGCUUCUUCAAGGCGGUCGAGACUCUAAACGUUCGAGUCGCAAUGACUGUCAACACCCGUGUGAUCAAGCUCUUCCUCCACAACAACCAGCGUCCGUACGUUCCUCUCAAGAACGGCCUGCGCCUCCAAGUCCUCCCAAACGUCUCCUACCUCCCUCGCUGCCAAAAGCAUCAGUUCGCCGCCUUCAUCGCCGACCGCGGCCUUCUUGUCGUCUGGGAUGACGAACCUCGCCAUCUCCUCGACCGCGCACACAAGAUCGAAAAAGCUCUCAUGGAAAUGAUUUGGGAUGAUGACAUGGGAGCAGACGAGAAGAAGGGCGCUGGCGUUGACGUCAACGAGCUCGGCUCGGAAGACGGCGAUGUGGCUGAAUUCGGCGACGUCGAGAAACCACGCCCGAUCAUGCUUUGGCAAUCGAUACUCUGCGCUGCAACACUUCUGCUCUCGGUCUUCUGCGUCGGACUCGGUUAUCGCAAGCUUGCCAUUGAGGUCUUCGUCGACGGAUCGUACACACGCUUGGCCCUUGUGGCCGUAUCUCCUCUACAGUUCUGGCUGGGCUUGUUCUUCUUCCAAUCCAUCAUCAGCAACGCCGCUCAAAUCUUCGGCCCAAUCUCGCAGAUCACCGCCAACACCAAGUUCUACUCCGGAAAGAGGUCGAAGAGGCUCCGUCGCGAUGCGGGUCCCCUGCCUCAUGUCACCAUUCAAAUGCCUGUCUACAAGGAAGGUCUCACUUCUGUCAUUGAACCGACCGUUCGCUCACUCAAGGCUGCCAUCUCGACAUACGAAAUGCAGGGCGGCACUGCCAGCAUCUUCGUCAACGACGACGGCAUGCAGGUCAUUUCCGAGGAAGACGCUCGCGCUCGCCAGGACUACUACGACGAGCACAACAUCGGCUGGGUCGCUCGUCCCAAGCACCAACCGAAGCCGGAGGAGGGCGUUGCCCCAUUCAUUCGUCCCGGUAAAUUUAAGAAGGCUUCCAACAUGAACUACGCCCUCUGGGUCAGCAACCGCGUCGAGGAAAAGCUAGCUACCGUGCAGCGUCUCGAGGGCUGGACACAAGAAGACGAGGCCGAAGCCUACCGCGAUGCCAUUACUGAAGUUGUCGACGAAGACGAAGGCCGCACCUGGGCUGAUGGCAACAUCCGUAUGGGCGACUACAUCCUCCUGAUCGACUCCGACACCCGCGUUCCCGCCGACUGCUUCCUCGAUGCCGUCUCCGAGAUGGAGCAAUCUCCUCAGGUCGCCAUUGUUCAAUUCUCUUCCGGUGUCAUGAACGUCACAGAUUCCUACUUUGAGCGUGGAAUCACCUUCUUCACAUACUUGAUCUACACCGCCAUCACAUUCGCCGUGGCAAACGGUGAUGUCGCUCCUUUCGUCGGUCACAACGCCAUCCUCCGCUGGUCCGCCCUGCAAGCCAUUGGCUACGACUGCAAGAUCGAUGGCUACGAGAAGUUUUGGUCCGAAGAGACAGUGUCCGAAGACUUUGACAUGGCCCUCCGCCUCCAGACCGCUGGCUACAUCUGCCGGCUUGCCUCCUACACCGGCGACGGCUUCCAAGAAGGUGUCUCUCUUACCGUGUACGAUGAACUUGCCCGUUGGGAGAAAUACGCCUACGGCUGCUCUGAACUCAUCUUCAACCCAUUCCGAUACUGGCUGUUCCGCGGCCCAUUCACUAAGCUCUUCCUCCGCUUCCUCGUAUCUUGCAUUCCUCUCGCUUCCAAGUUCACCAUCAUGGCAUAUAUCGGCACUUACUUCGCCCUGGGAUCCGCCUGGGUGCUCACGCUCGCCAACUACUUCCUGGCCGGAUGGUUCACCGGCGCCCUGGACCACUACUACAUCGACAGUUUUGAGAUCUACUUCGGAAUCAUCAUCAUCUUCUCCGGAGUCGGCAACUUGGCUCUCGCCAUCUACCGCUACCGUACUGGCGAGAAGCCCCUCAUUCGUGGCAUUAUUGAGAACUUCUCCUGGGUGCCACUCCUGUGUAUCUUCUUGGGAGGCGUCUCGCUGCACGUAUCGCAAGCUCUCCUGUCCCACCUCUUCAGUAUCAACAUGACUUGGGGCGCCACGAGCAAGGAAGCCGAGAACACUACUUUUUUCACUGAGCUUCCCAAGGUCUUUCGCCGUUUCAAGGGCACGCUGGCCUUUGUCAUUGUUUGCGCGACUAUGAUGGGAGUCAUGGCGACGAUCGCUCCGCCAUUCUGGCAGAUUAGGGAGUUCAUUGCCAUCUUCCCAUUGAGCACGGUGUGCGCAGGACAUCUGUUGCUACCAGUUUUGCUCAAUCCUGGAUUGAUGAAGUUCACAUUCUAA